GUCAGCUUCCACAACCGGCUCCCUCGUCCGUCGCCCCCGUCUCCGCCGUUGCGGCGAGCAUCCGGAGCAGCCAGCGACGCCACACGCCGCGGAGCGCGAGCGGAGCUCGCACAUGCUGCUGGGCUUUAUCCGCCGCACCGCCGUGGCGGCAGCGUCCUCGCCGGCGGCGGGCCUCCGACAGUUUCAGACUGCAUACCAUAGAAGCAACGAGAGGCUAUCACCUGCACGAGGCUAUGGCGUGCGCAUGCCACACCAAACUAUGUUUGGGCGAUUGUCCCUGUCACUUGACCAAGAAGUUUCAUACGGUCUUAAUUUGGCCAUUGCGGGAAGAGGUGUCAUUGUGAAAGAUAAGGUCUUCCAUAACUUGGAGACAUCCGAACUUCAGAAAGCCGGUGCUACUUACCUAGACAAACAGUCUGGUAUUCCACUUCAUGUUAGAGGAGAUGUCACUGGCAGGGUCCCUGAUGUUUCAAAAGCUCAAUUUGCAAAGCUGCUGAAACUGGUCACGUUUCACCUUUCAUCCAUCUCAUGUCUAUAUGUUCAAGAUGGUGCCAUUUGUUCUUCAGGAGAAUGUGAUGCAAAGGUCCGAAUCAUUAGUGAUAACCCCUCUGCUGUUAUGUUACUGUCAAAUAUCCUUUGGAAAAUACCAGAUCGUGCGAUUUCCCAUGACACAUCCCCGUUGACUAUAUAUGCUACCAGUUCCAUAAGUAAUAACAUCAAGACUAUUCUUGGUUCUGGAACACAAUAUGCUAAUGGCUUUGCAGCAGCGGACAUUGAACGCGCAUCUCUAAUCCUAUGUGGUAAAGCAUUUGCUGAUUCAGCUACUGUGAAAGAUGCCCUUACUGCUGUGACAGCCCCGAUAUUAUCUGCAAGAGGUGGCCUCCCUGUUCCAGGCUGGCUUCUGUGCUUUGGUGGUUCUAUUGUAUUAUUGUUUGCUCCAGUGGAGAUAAUCAUGUCCUGCUCAGAAAUUCAGAAUGCUCUAUUGUCUAUUGACUGUGGUGCAGUCAUCUCUUCUAAAGGGUCUACUGUGCUUUUCCCUACCAAGGCAAAGAGGGAGCCAAAAUUGUUUACCAAACCAACUACAGUAAUUAUUGUAUCAUCAGAUAGCACUGGUGCCAUAGCAUCAGUAUCAAAGCUCUCUCCUGGCCAGGCUGCUUACCAUUUCUUGGUUGGUUAUCAUGAUGGUAAAUUCAUCCCAGCUUACAGCAGGGGGCCCUCUCCUGCUGACCCACUUGCACUUGCAAGUUCCUUAUUCACACAUUUGAAAGAAGAUGAUACACAAACAUAUCUGAUCAAUGCUAAGCACUCCGGAAAGUACAUUGACGGCAAGGGGUUUAUGGAACUGUUAGAGCUUGCACUAUCUCAGAAUCUGCCUGACAUCAAAACUGAAGACUUUAGAGUUGGCGAACUUAAGGGGAAGUACAGGAGCUUUCUAUCCAGCAAAUUUGGCAAAUGUUUACCCGAGGAAUUUUGUUUCUAGGAUAUGUACUCUGAUGAUGUAGUGUACAUUUAUCUUGUACUGACACAGAUUUACAUUUUAACUUGAAUAUAUCUCCUAUUCCGUCUCAAUUAAAAAAUGUUCAUUAUUA